UGUAUUGUAUUGGCAAUCGCUGUAGAAGAUUUUUCGAUUGUUGCUUCUGACACUCGAUUGAGUGAAGGGUAUUCGAUUCACACCCGGGAUAGCCCCAAGUGUUACAAAUUAACAGACAAAACAGUCAUUGGAUGCAGUGGUUUUCAUGGAGACUGUCUUACCCUGACAAAGAUUAUUGAAGCAAGACUAAAGAUGUACAAGCAUUUUAAUAACAAAACCAUGACGACCGGGGCGAUUGCUGCCAUGCUGUCCACAAUCCUCUAUUCAAGACGUUUCUUUCCCUACUACGUGUACAACAUCAUCGGGGGACUGGAUCAAGAAGGGAAGGGAGCCGUGUAUAGCUUUGACCCCGUAGGGUCCUACCAGAGAGACUCGUUCAAGGCUGGAGGCUCAGCCAGUGCCAUGCUCCAGCCCCUGCUUGACAACCAGGUUGGUUUCAAGAACAUGCAGAACGUGGAGCAUGUCCCACUGUCUUUGGACAGAGCCAUGCGGCUCGUGAAAGACGUCUUCGUUUCUGCGGCCGAGAGGGACGUGUACACCGGGGACGCGCUCAGAAUCUGCAUCGUGACCAAGGAGGGCAUCCGGGAGGAGACCGUUCCCCUGAGGAAGGAUUGAUUUCUGUGCUGUUAUCCUUGUCACUUCAGAACUGGUGAAUUUUGUAUCUUGGAACUGUUGGACUAAUGUGCUUUAUUAAAAAAUAAAGGCUGAAGUAAGCAAAAAAAAAAAAAAAA